UUCACUGCGUCGUGUCUCCGCCGAACAAUAGCCAGUUAAGAAUUGUUAAAAAGAAUAUUGUAUCUUCUUGAAAGUGAGUUUUGAGAGGGCAACAUGGAACGGCCCGCCCUGCUGCAGAAUGGAGAGCUCGGCCACGUGGAUGCUUCCACAACCAGGCUGGUUAGCAAGCCAUUUCCCAAGCCCUUCUCCAUCGAGAGUCUGAUUGCCAACCAAACACCUGCCAGAGCCGCUCCACCUUCGCCUCCCGAGGAUCGGGAUCGUGAUCGGGAUCGGGAGCAGGAGCAGGAGCCGGACCAGGAGCAGGAACUGAGUGCCCGGGCCAUGGUGGCCAGCUCCGCCCUGGGACUCACGCAGUUCCCGCUGUACAAUCCCUGGCUGCACGGCUACUUCGCCCAGAACCACGAGAGACUAACGCAUUUAAUCGCCGGCGGCUGCUACCUACCCUCCAAUCCGGCCAGUCAUCCGGCUCCUCAGCAGCCCCAGCCGCAAACAGCGCCACCACCACCACCACCAUCACAUGCCUUGGAGAAGCAGCUUCCACCCAACUUGCCGCAUCCCCUGGAUACGCGCUUCCUGCCUUUCAAUCCUGCCGCCGGAGGAGCAACGCCCACGGAUCUCAGCUACCGGAGAUUGGCGGAGCUCAUGAACCAGGACUACGUGCACAGCCUGAGUGUCCACGCUCGACUGCAGCACAUGGCCGCCGCCGGCAGGAUCCACGAGGAUCAGGCGAACCCCGGCUUGGCGCAGCUCCAGGAGCCGACGCCUCCGCAGGCACACUCCUCGCCAGCGAAGUCCGGCAGCCACAGUCCCGCGGAGCCAACGCUGGACGUGGGCAUGGACGAGGACUUCGAGUGCAGCGGCGACUCCUGCAGCGACAUUAGCCUGACCAUGUCGCCCAGGAACUACAAUGGCGAGAUGGAGAAGAGCCGCAAUGGAGCCUACACCAAUUCGGAUAGCGAGGAUUGCAGCGAUGACGAAGGAGCUCAUUCUCGGCAUGAAGGAGGCGGAAUGGGCGGCAAGGACUCGCAGGGAAACGGCUCCAGUUCGAGCUCCAAGUCCCGUCGCCGACGCACAGCCUUCACUUCGGAGCAGUUGUUGGAACUGGAGAGGGAGUUCCAUGCCAAGAAAUAUCUCAGUCUCACGGAGCGUAGUCAAAUAGCCACCAGUUUGAAAUUAAGCGAAGUUCAGGUGAAAAUCUGGUUCCAAAACCGAAGGGCCAAGUGGAAAAGGGUUAAGGCAGGACUCACCUCCCAUGGAUUGGGUCGGAAUGGGAGCACCACUGGCACCAAGAUCGUGGUUCCCAUCCCAGUGCAUGUCAACAGAUUCGCCGUGCGAUCGCAGCACCAACAGAUGGAGAAGAUGUGCCUCAGCGGACCGAAGCCGGAUCUUCGCAAGAAACUCUCGGCGGAGGCGAUUGGAGGAUUCGAGAAGUUCAGCGGUACUACCAAUGCCCCACCGCCAGUGGGCGGUCCUGUGGGACUUGGAGUGGGUUUGGGUGGGGGAGUGGGAGGAUUGGGGGUUGCCACUCCCCUCUCCCUCGCCAGGAGUAUCUAUUGAUGGAGCAAGGAGCUAAAACUGAGCGAGUGUAAAUACAUAAGGAGGGGCAGUUAAGCUGCCAUAGGAGUUCUCUUUUUGUAAAUAAACGAAAGAAAAAUCAAAUUCAAA